AUGGAAGAUAACACCAUUAACUAUAUCGAUAUGCGUGAAAGAAAAAGAGAUGUUCAUCAAAUCAUAAACAAGGGACUAUUUCUAAACAUGGUUCUUGCGUUAUUUAGCCCCCUCGUAAAGAGACCUGACUUAUGUCAGUAA